UAGAUGGUAUUUGCGUAAUUCCUCGAUUAACCAAGUCGAUUUGCAAUCCCAAUCUUUGCCUCAACUAGGACGGUGUCAUUUCCCCCCAGGGCGCUUCCUCUUUCCCGCUCCAGACCGAACCGCGGCAAUCUAACGCUUCUCUUCCGGCGGGGACCGGAAUCCGAUCACUGCAAUCUCCGUUUGGUCUAAAAUUUCUGAGGCAGCGGACGCUUGGGUUUCGUCUCGUUGCUUCCUCUAGAGGGAAUCCGGCUUCCUCGGUUUCUUCGUUUCCUCUGCUUUUCUUCUUUCUCCCCAUUUUUGAUACUUGCUCAUGAGGGGCUAGGGUUUUGAACGCCUCAAGGUUUUCUUUGUGUCAUGGGAAUGUCUUCACUCUCUGUCGAGUGCAAAUUCGUAACCGAGGACUGCAUACGCGAGUGGAAGGUGGGCAGUAAUGGGUUCCGAUUGGCGGGCCCCGUCCCCGCCACCAGGUUCAUCUACGAGCUCUGCUGGGCCAUGGUCCGCGGGGACUUGCCGAUGCAGAGGUGUAAGCCGGUUCUUGACUCGGUCGAGUUUUUGGAGAAGACAUCGAAAGAGGAAGUGGGCUCUAUUUUUGCAGAUAUCGUAGCCCACAUGGGCCAAGAUCUUACAAUGCUGGGAGAGUACCGUGUUCGACUUGUCAAGAUGGCAAAAUGGCUGGUGGAAUCGGCUACUGUUCCUUUAAGACUUUUCCAAGAACGCUGUGAGGAAGAAUUCUUGUGGGAGUCUGAAAUGAUUAAGAUCAAGGCACAGGAUCUCAAGUCUAAAGAGGUUAGGGUAAAUACUCGUCUUCUUUAUCAGCAAACAAAGUUCAACCUUCUUAGGGAAGAAAGUGAAGGAUAUGCCAAGCUGGUUACUCUUCUGUCUCAGGUUGACCCCAAAGCUUGUACACAGAAUACAUCUAAUACAGUGAUCAGCAUUAUCAAGUCACUGAUUGGACAUUUUGAUCUGGAUCCAAAUCGUGUGUUUGAUAUAGUAUUAGAGUGUUUCGAGCUUCAACCAGACAAUGAUAUUUUCUUUCAUCUAAUACCUAUUUUUCCCAAGUCGCAUGCUUCUCAAAUCCUGGGGUUUAAAUUCCAAUACUAUCAGCGGAUGGAAGUUGGUCAUAAUGUGCCUCAUGGACUUUACAGGCUGACUGCGUUGCUGGUCAAGUCCAAUUUUAUUGAUCUUGAUAGCAUAUAUGCUCAUUUGUUGCCAAAGGACGAGGAAGCAUUUGAGCUUUAUGAGGCCUUCUCAGCAAAAAGGUUUGAAGAGGCAAAUAAAAUUGGAAAAAUUAAUCUUGCUGCCAUUGGAAAGGACUUGAUGGAAGAUGAGAAACAAGGGGACGUGUCAAUAGACCUUUAUUCUGCCCUUGAUAUGGAAAAUGAAUCUGUUGAAGAGCGUUCUUCUGAGCUUGUGAAAAACCAGAGCCUGGGUCUGCUUAACGGGUUUCUUUCGGUGGAUGAUUGGUAUCAUGCAAAAAUACUCUUCGAUCGUCUUGCUGCUAUCAAUCCUGUUGCUCAUCCCCAGAUUUGUGAUGGCUUACUCAGAACUAUUGAGAAGUCUAUCUCUUCUGCUUAUGAUCUCAUCCGCCAAGCACAUCUUCAAAGCCUUGGGCAACCAUGUGCUGCUGUUACUGAUACAAAGGAAACAUCUACUUUCUCCAUGCAUAAGAAUUUUUGUCUUGAAUUUCCAAGAGAAGUCUUUCAGAUGCUUUAUUGUGUGGGACCGUAUCUCUACCGGGACACUUUACUUCUGCAGAAGGUGUGUAGAGUUUUGAGAAGAUAUUAUCAGUCUGCCCAGGAACUUCACGAUAUUAGUGCUGGAGGGGCUAUGGAGAUCAAUGGUGGUGAACGUGACCCUCGCUUGCAGCUAAAAGAAGCUGGACUGAGGGUUGAGGAGUCACUGGGGACAUGCUUGCUUCCUUCUUUGCAGUUAAUACCCGCAAAUCCUGCUGUUGGACAAGAAAUUUGGGAACUGAUGAGUCUUCUUCCUUAUGAGGUCCGCUACCGUUUAUAUGGAGAGUGGGAAAGAGAUGAUGAAAAAAAUCCUAUGGUUUUUGCAGCAAGGCAAACUGCAAAGCUGGACACCCGGAGGAUCUUGAAACGACUUGCAAAGGAAAACCUAAAGCAGCUUGGUCGUAUGGUUGCCAAGCUAGCUCAUGCUAAUCCAAUGACUGUACUUCGGACGAUUGUUCAUCAGAUUGAAGCCUACAGAGAUAUGAUUGCACCUGUCGUCGAUGCUUUCAAGUAUUUAACACAGCUCGAAUAUGAUAUGUUGGAAUAUGUUGUCAUUGAACGUUUGGCACAAGGGGGGCGUGAGAAGAUAAAGGACGAUGGGCUUAAUUUGUCAGAUUGGCUUCAAUCACUAGCAUCAUUUUGGGGUCAUCUAUGUAAGAAAUAUCCCUCAAUGGAAUUGCGAGGACUUUUUCAGUAUCUUGUCAAUCAAUUAAAGAAAGGCAAUGGCAUUGAGCUUAUCCUCUUGCAGGAAUUGAUUCAACAAAUGGCAAAUGUGCAAUAUACGGAAAACAUGACUGAGGAGCAAUUAGAUGCUAUGGGUGGAGGUGAAACUCUUCGAUUUCAGGCUACUUCCUUUGGCAUCACACGGAACAACAAGGUGUUGACUCGUUCAACAAACAGGCUAAGAGAUGCCUUAUUGCCCAAGGAUGAGCCGAAGUUGGCAAUCCCUCUUUUAUUGCUCAUAGCGCAACAUCGAUCCAUGGUUGUUAUUAAUGCAGAUGCACAGUACAUUAAGAUGCUUAGUGAGCAGUUUGAUAGAUGCCAUGGGUCACUUCUCCAGUAUGUAGAGUUUCUUUCAAGUGCUGUAACACCAAGUACAGCUUAUGCUCAGCUGAUUCCCACAUUAGAUGAUCUUGUUCAUAAAUAUCACUUGGACCCUGAGGUCGCUUUUUUGAUAUACCGGCCUGUGAUGAGGCUCUUCAAGUAUUGGAGGGGUUCCGACAUCUUUUGGCCUUGUGAUGUCAUCAAAGAAACAAUUUCAGACAAGGAUUCAGAAGUAUCUGCAACUUCUGAUGACAUGGUGCUGGAUCUUGGAUCAUCUCACAAGUGUCUAACCAGGUGGACUGACUUGCUCAAUACCGUUCGAUCUAUGUUGCCUGUAAAAGCAUGGAAUAGCUUGUCACCAGAUUUAUAUGUGACCUUCUGGGGUCUUACACUUUAUGAUCUGUAUGUUCCGAAGCAUCGUUAUGAGUCUGAGAUUGCCAAGCAGCAUGCUUCUUUGAAGGCUCUUGAGGAACUUGCUGACAAUUCAAGUUCAGCUAUCACAAAGAGAAAGAAAGAAAAGGAACGAGUCCAAGAGAUAUUAGAUAGAUUGACUAAUGAAUACCGUAAGCAUGAGGAACAUGUAGCAUCUGUGCAUAGGCGACUCUCCCAUGAGAAGGAUAUAUGGCUUACUUCAUGUCCUGAUACUUUGAAGAUUAACAUGGAGUUUCUUCAGCGCUGUAUAUUCCCUCGUUGUACUUUCAGCAUGCCUGAUGCUGUCUACUGCGCCUUCUUUGUGCGUGAGCUGCACUCUCUUGGUACCCCAUUCUUUAACACUGUUAAUCACAUUGAUGUUCUCAUAUGCAAAACACUGCAACCAAUGAUCUGUUGCUGCACUGAGUAUGAGGCCGGCAGGUUGGGUAGAUUUUUGUACGAAACACUAAAGAUGGCCUAUUAUUGGAAGAGCAGUGACAUCAUUUAUGAAAGGGAGUGUGGAAAUAUGCCAGGUUUUGCUGUCUAUUACAGAGAUCCAAAUAGUCAGCGUGUCACAUAUAGCCAAUUUAUUCGGGUACAUUGGAAGUGGAGUGGAAGAAUCACACGGCUUCUCAUCCAGUGCUUGGAGUCAACUGAAUAUAUGGAGAUCCGUAAUGCUUUGAUAAUUUUGACAAAAAUAUCAAGUGUAUUCCCUGUUACAAAAAAAAGUGGAAUCAAUCUUGAAAAGCGGGUGGCAAAAAUUAAAGGGGAUGAACGGGAAGACCUCAAGGUCUUGGCUACAGGUGUAGCUGCAGCUUUGGCUGCAAGAAAGACCUCGUGGGUUUCAGAAGAAGAAUUUGGGAUGGGAUUUGUUGAUCUGAAGCCUGCAGCAUCACCAGCUAAACAUUUGGUUACCAAUGCAUUACCUGCUGGGAGCACAUCUGUCCUUUUAAGCUCUCAGAAUGAAACUGCUGGGGCCAGAAAUAUUUCCUCUGCAUCUCAAGCCCCUGAUAUAUCAAAUCCUUCCAAGGAGCAGGUGCUACUUCUGAAACCUGUGGAUGGCAAGCUUGAAAGGUCUGAAAGUGUCACACUGGCAAAGCAUGACGUUGCACAAAUUAAAACAAGAAGCAACGCUUUGAUGGGGAACACAAGUAAUGUGGAUCCUCGAGUUACUGCUUCGUCUACUGCUUCACAAACUACAGCACACAAAGCAUCUAGUUUGCUGAAGAAUUCAGAAGAUAUUGCUAAAGGCCCCAUGUUGGACGAAUCUACGGGAAAAGUCUUAUCAAAAGCUCCUGUGGAGUUUGAGUCGAGAUCUCAGAUGAAGCGUAUGGCUCAAGGUGUCACAAAGCAGGCAAAGCAAGACUCAGUGAAAGAUGAUACAAAAUCUGGAAGAUCUGCCAGUCGGGUGGCCACUCCAUUGUCUUCAGCUGGUGAAAGGGAGCCCUCAGGUUUCACAUCAGAGGUUAUACAGGGUGGGGCGAUUCAUGCAUCUGUAGCAGCUGCUACUAAUGGUGGCAAUAUCCCUGGAACUAUAGCUACUAAAACUUCAACUAUAUCAAGUAGAACGAGUUCAGAUAUACAUGCUAAUAUUCCAGCUGUAAUCAGAUCUACAGAACUGAGAAAUUCAGUUGGAAGUGAGGUUAAUGAAGCUGACAUUCAUGACCCGUCAAGGUCUUCUACCAGAUCCUCAGUUUCCCCACUUCGUUAUGAGAGUGGUUCUGCUACAAGAAAUGUAGAUAAGCAACAGAGACGACCUACUUCUGUAGAAGAAGCUGAAAGGUUGAAUAAACGAAGAAAGGGAGAGAGUGAAGUGAAGGAUGGAGAGAACCUGGAUGUUCGACACUCUGACAGGGAAAGAUCUGUGGACCAGAGAUUAGCUGACAAACUACACACUGGAGACCAUGAAAAAAUAAGUAAUGAUGAGCACAAUGCAAAUAGAGCGAUGGAGAAACUUAUUGAUAGACCAAAAGAGAAAGUUAAUGAUAGAUUAGAUAGAGACCACCGUGAACGCCCUGAUAAAUCUCGUGGUGAUUCUAAGGACAGAUCUACUGAAAGGUAUGGACGGGAAAAGUCAGUUGAUAGAAUACAGGAGAGAGGAGCUGAAAGAAGUGUUGAUCGCACGUUUGACAAAAUUAAAGAUGAGCACAGCAAAGAUGAUCGCAAUAAACUACGGUAUGUGGAAACAUCUGCUGAAAAAUCUCAUGCUGAAGAUCGUUAUCAUGGGCAAAGCUUGCCACCACCCCCACCACUACCUCCAAAUGUUGUUCCACAGUCAGUUUCCAUUAGUAGAAGGGAGGAGGAGUCUGACAGGAGGGCUGGAAAUGCUAGAUACAUGCAGAGGCUGUCCCCAAGACAUGAAGACAAAGAAAGGAGACGUUCAGAGGAGAACUUGAUUGCUUCAUUGGAUGAUGCUAAGCGCAGAAGGGAGGAGGAUAUGAAAGAGCGGAAGCGUGACGACCGAGACAUUCUCUCAGUAAAGGCGGAGGACAGAGAGAGGGACAAAGGCAGCAUGAUGAAAGAGGAUAUUGAUGCUGCAGUGGCUUCGAAAAGGCGUCGGCUCAAAAGAGAACACCUUCCUUCAGAGGCUGGUGGUGAUUAUUUACUGGCUACUGCUCCUCCACUUGCAUCAGGGAUGUCACAAUCAUAUGACAGUAGAAAUGACCGCAAGGGAGCCAUAUUGCAACGGGCACCAUACGGCCUCGAGGAUCAGAUGCCAAGGAUGCACACUAAAGAAGCUGCAGGCAAGGUUGGCCGGCGUGACAAUGAACCAACAUAUGAUCGUGACUGGGAGGAUGAGAAACGGCAGAGAGCUGAACCAAAACGUAGGCAUCGAAAAUAAUGUCUACCGGUGGGUGAUGUUUUUCCAGAUUUGCUGAAACUAUUUGUACUACAGAAACCAACACUUGGCAGAUGCAAAGCUCAUGUCCUUGUGGUUAUUAUGUCAGUUGCCUGUCGUCCCUCUUGGUGAAGAUCAAUCAGAAGAAGCUCUAAUCCCGACAAGCCCCAAAUGGGCAGAUCGAGCACACUAUCUGAUGUCAUCGGGCAGCAUGGACUUCUGACUUGAUCAAAAUUAAUCAUCGAGCAGGACGAAGUUUUGAAUGGAUCAAAAUUUUGAUGUACUUUGUGAUGCUAAAUUUACGAGGUCUGGUGCUUUGCCAGCCAACUGGGUUUUUUUCUCAUUAUUGUAUAUAUCAUUGUGCCCUUAGGGCUAGCGGCAGCAUGGAUGCAUGAUUGCUAAUGUCUGCCUCUUGAAAGCUUUCUGCCUGGUGGUGGCUGCCAAGAGUCUCUAGUCCUAUUUUCCAUCCGGGUGGGGACGCAUGCCCGUUCUUAUUGUACCCUAUGCUCCUGUUCCGUCUCACGACUGACCUCAUCCGUCUCCCUUUUCUUAGAUUGAGUAUUCUUUUUGUAACUUGCAUGCCUGUGAUGGCCGGCAUUCUAUUCGGUGGUUAUAAAUUGUUGAUGAUCGGGAAAGGUGCGGGGUCCUCAACCGAACUACACUGUUACAUGACUAGAUAAAUCAGUUGCAUAAAGGUUUCGCUCUC